AUUGAAUUGCCGUCAUCCAAAGGCGAAUUGUGAAGAACAAAAAAAAGGGGAAUUUAAAGCGAGACCUGAGGGCGGAGUGAUUAAAUGGGUCUCAUAAUCAUGCUCCCAUUAGCAGAGAAGAAUCAGAAGGAAGAAGGACUGGUUAUAGAUCGAUAGAGGAUUUCAGAGGGGAGGGAGAAAGAGAAACUGAUAGAGAUAUUAGAGCAGAUUUAAGAGAUUAUAUUAGAAAUAAACAGCAGAGGAAUUCAGUUCUUUACCCGUCAUUACCAAAAUAACUUUGUUGUUCGAUCGCCAUGCGGGUGAGGAAGGAAUGAUUUGUGGAUGAGUCGCCGAUGGAUUCGCUUCGUUUAUCAGAAAUUUUAGGUUAAUCAACGAACGCAUUUUGAAAGAGAAGGAUCAGAGUUUUGAGAUCGGGUGGGAGAAACAAAUCUUCCUCUGACGAAAGUUUCCUUAGAGAUGCUGGAAGGCAGAUCUUGCUUGAUCUCAAGAGCGUUGCCAAGCUCCUGCGAGCAAGAGACCAAGUGGGCGUAUAUGACCCACCACCUUCUUGAGAGAACCAGCACCAAAAGAUCCCUCGAUCUUUCAUCUGGAGAUCAAGGUGAUGUUUUGGACAAGGAUUUAGUAAUAAGAACCAAAUCCAUCAAGUUCACAGAAUCCUCCCACUCCUCCUCCAAAUCCGACUGCGCAGAGUCAAAUAACCUCAUCAGCUCAAUUGGCCGAGAUAAUUCGAUCAGCUGCCUCCUUCGUUGCUCCCGUUCUGACUAUGGCUUAUUGGCCUCCCUCAGUCGCGGAUUUCGCUCUUUGAUCAGAAGUGGAGAACUUUAUCGCCUUCGAAGGGUGCAUGGAAUUACUGAGUCAUGGGUAUACUUUUCAUGUGCUGUGGAAGAAUGGGAGGCAUACGAUCCAUACCGUGCUCGAUGGAUCAAUCUUCCUAAGAUGCCUCAUAAUGAAUGUUUCAUGUGCUCAGAUAAGGAGUCCCUAGCUGUGGGCACUGAGCUUCUUGUCUUUGGGAAAGUAGUGAAUUCCCACAUUGUAUUGAGAUAUAGUAUUCUGACAAAUUCAUGGUCUCCUGGUGUUGCUAUGAAUUCGCCUCGAUGCUUGUUUGGUUCCGCAAGCUUUGGAGAGAAGGCUAUUUUUGCGGGAGGUUGUGAUGCUGGUGGAGCAAUAUUAAGCUCUGCAGAGCUGUAUAAUUCAGAGACCAAAACCUGGACAACAUUGCCAGCUAUGAAUAAGCCCAGGAAGAUGUGCUCCGGAGUUUUUAUGGAUAAAAAGUUCUAUGUGAUUGGAGGUAUCUCGAAUCAUGCCGAGUUACUUACAUGUGGAGAGGAGUUCGAUUUAGAGAAAGGAACUUGGAGGAUUAUUCCAAAUAUGUCAUUGGGUCUCAAUGGUGCGAGUGGAGCACCUCCACUUGUCGCAGUUGUCAAUAACGAGCUAUAUGCCGCCCAUUAUGGAGAUGAAGAAGUGGUGAAAUACGAUAAGAAAAACAAUGUAUGGGUGACGUUGGGAAGGCUGCCGGAAAGGCCUGCAUCGAUGAAUGGAUGGGGGCUGGCGUUCAGGGCUUGUGGGGAAAGGCUAGUGGUGAUAGGUGGACCGAGGGCGUUGGGUGGCGGGGUGAUUGAGCUUCAUUCCUGGGUUCCCAGAUAUGGGGAGCCGCCGGAAUGGAAUAUGAUUGCCAGGAAGCAAUCUGGGAGCUUUGUGUAUAACUGUGCAGUGAUGAACUGCUGAUUUAUUGAAUUCUUACAACAGAAGGGAGAAGAUUGGUUUGCUCAGGGUGUUGGAUAAUGAUUCUUCGUAUUAUGGGUAAUCUCUGCCUGCUCUGGAAAUUGAGAUUUAGAAGAGCUUUUUCUUCAGCGCAGCUUUUCAAGUUUUUAUUUUUGUUUUUUCUUUUUCAUUCUUAUUUGGAAUUUGUGCUCGAAAAAAUUAUUCUGCCCUUGUUUCUUUUUAGGGCGGGGGAUUUUGGAGGUCUUGGGAUCAUGCAAUGCAGUGACAGAUUAAUAAAUCAAUGCAGAUGCUUCUUUACUUUGAUUAUUGAGGUUCCAUUUGGCAUUUGCUACAUUUUUUUGGCUUGUUUGUGUAAUUUUUAUCGAUCCUCCGUCUUGAGAAAAAAAUUAAAUGUUUUGUCUUGUAUAUGCUCUUGGUCAUGAUUAUGUUUCUUUCACUU